UGGCCACGUACUAGAUCACAUGAUUAGUCUCGGCGCCUAAACGAGCUGAUUCAAUUUUGGUCUUGGUUCUGACUUCACUUCUCCAAACGCUUGCCUUUCACUUCUUACUUACCUGCGGGGAAAGUUUGCCUGAAGAAUCACCUCUUUAACUGCAGAGCUUUGCUCAUUGGGAGUCAGCAUGAGCCGCAGCCCUACGAAAGCCAGUAACCAAGAACAUUCCAUCCCCAGAGAUAUUCUCGAUGACUUGAGCAGUCGAUUCAUCAUUAAUGUCCCUGAUGAAGAGAGGUUGAAUCCCAUCCGGGUGUGUUUUCAACUUGAAUUGGCUCACUGGUUCUACCUUGACUUCUACUGUGAAGAAGAUGCAACCUUGGAGCCAUGCUCCAUGCGAGACUUUGCCACACACAUGUUCCAGCACAUCUCCUUCCUGCGACCUCAUCUAUCAGAAACCGACUCUGUGUUGGAGAAAUGGAGGGAAUACAAGCAGAUGGUGCCCACAUAUGGUGCUAUCAUGGUGGAUCCAUCAUUCUCUAAUGUUCUCCUGGCCCAGGGUUACUGGGCCAAAUCUAGCUGGGGUUUUCCCAAGGGGAAAAUCAAUGCUGGAGAAUCUCCUGUUCGUUGUGCAAUCCGUGAGGUCUUGGAAGAGACAGGUUUUGAUAUCUCAAAGCUCAUAGAUGAAAACCUCUACUUGGAAACAAACUUGCACGAUCAAGUCAUCCGUCUUUAUGUUGUGAAAGGCGUUCCGAUGACAACAAACUUCGAGCCCCAGACUCGUAGAGAGAUUCGAAGUCUUCGCUGGUUCCCUAUCUCAGACCUCCCUGUCAGCCGAAAGGAUCUCUCAGGCCCCAAAAAGAAUGGCCUAUUUAUGGUCAUGCCUUUUGUCAAAACUAGAUAUUUGGAGGGAAACUUUAAGCUGAUGGGAACUCUCUUGCAGACAGCAUUUACAGAGUCAUUUGGCAGUGCCAAUCGAGCAGUCCAGGGAAGAAUUGGUCCUGGAUCAGCAUCUCCCAUCCAGCCCAAUUCUCGCAAAAAUGAAGGGAACUUGGGCCGAGGCCGCCUCAGAAGAAACCUGUCAGGGGAUUUUGCUGCUGGAGAAUUACAACAGCUUCAUGCCUCUGAGAACAAUAUGGGAACAGAGAAGAGUGCCUUCUUCAAACCUGUAAUACCAAGUAAACCCACCAAAGAUGCCAGCAAGGAGUUCCAAUCCCUGUCUUGGUCCAGCUUUAGCCUUCAACCAGUGAAGGAGUGCCUGCUGUCCAUAGACGAGGAAAAGCUGCAGCAGGAGAUCGAAGCAAACAUGAAGAUUGUGGUCACGCACCUAUUAGAGGAAAUUGCCCUCACUGUGGAACGUGCAUUUGAUGAGGCCACUUGUGACCUUAGACAGUGAGAAUGCUGGUGAACAAAGCUGGGAAAACGUAAUUCCCAGAAACCUUGUUACUAGUCUGGAGCA